CCCAAUCCCAGCAGCGCUAGUGGACAGACCUCACCUUUCCCACCCCUAAUAGCCCCAAAGCUGGGGCGCCGCCGUCAUUCCCCAUGCUUGGUUCCUUUUUUUGCAGGCAGCGCGUCCGUCCCGUACAGUAUGGAGUCGGCGUCUUGCUGGGUUUGCCCCCACUGAGAUGGCAAGGUCCGUGGGCCCUACCAAAGCUAUUACCGCUAACUGGUAACAGAGACGAGGCGUUGCUGAGCGCUUGGCACGCGGGGAAGCGAGGACCCGUGAGGUCAACGGGAUGAGUGAAGAUGUGGUGUGAGGAUGCGCAGGCCGUUCGAGACGCAGGUCAACGCUCAUCAACUGAAAAGGGCCACGGUGCCGCCCCUCCUCUCGACUCGACUCGACUCGUUGUAGUUCCCUCUUUGUCCUUUGUCUUUUUUUUUUCUCCUUCAUCUUCUUCUCGAUAUAACCCCCUUUCUAUACUUCUCUCUUCCUCUUUUUCAAUUCAACCCGUUGUUGCUGCUCCCCUCACCCUCUACCCCACGCCCACCACCACCCCUCUCUGCUUCACCAUGUCGGAGGAAAAGGUUGAGAGCCAGCACCUCGACAAUGUGCGGUCUGUCUCGGAGAGCGAUGACUCGGCCAACGCUUUUACUCCUGAGGAGCAAAAGGCCAUUAUCCGCCGCAUUGACAUCCGUCUUGUCAUCACCGUUGGCGCCAUGUACUGCGUCAGUCUGAUGGACCGCACCAACAUGGGCGCCGUCGUCAUUGCCGGCAUGGACAAGGAGCUCAUGCUCACUGGUAACCGCUACAACGUCGCCAACCUCGUCUUCUUCAUCACCUACAUCAUCUUCCAGCCUCCCUCCACCGUCCUCAUUCGAGCCAUCGGCCCCCGUAUACAUCUCUCCGCCAUCACGCUCUUCUGGGGCGCCGUCACACUCUCCAUGGGCUUUGUCAAGGACCACAACGCAUUGACUGGUCUGCGUGCUCUCCUUGGUGUUCUGGAGGCUGGUUUCUUCCCCAGCUGUGUCUACCUGCUUAGCACCUGGUACACUCGCUACGAGGUAGGAAAGCGAUACUCCGUCUUCUACAUCAUUGGCUGCGUCGCCUCAGCCUUCUCCGGUAUUCUUGCGUACGGCCUCAUGCAGCUCAACGGCAAGGCCGGUCUCACUGGCUGGCGCUGGAUCUUCCUCGUCCAGGGCCUCAUCACCUGCGUCCUCGGCAUUGCUGCCUACUGGCUACUCGUGGACUUCCCCGACUCCAAGCGCAAGACAUGGAGCUUUCUUGGGCAGCGCGAGCGCCAGUGGGUCGUCGACCGCAUCCAGCGUGACCGUGGCGACACCGUCAUCCCCAAGUUCCAUCUCUCCAGCUUCCUCAAGGGCGGCGCCGACUGGAAGAUCUGGGCCUACGCCAUGAUCUUCUUCAACACCACCACCAUCUCCUACGCCCUGGCUUACACCCUGCCCCUCAUUCUCCGCGGCAACCUUGGCUUCUCUGUCGACAAGGCCCAGUGCCUCGUAGCCCCGCCAUACGCAUUCGCCGGCAUCAUCAUGUUCAUCUGCGGCUACCUUGGAGACAAGUACCACGUUCGCGGCCCCAUCAUCCUCUUCAACAUGCUUCUCUGCCUGAUUGGCCUGCCCAUCAUGGGAUGGCACCCUAACCCCGCUGUCCGCUACUUUGGUGUCUUCCUUGUCACAGCGGGAGCCAACUCCAACGUGCCCACCGUCAUGUCCUUCCAGGCCAACAACGUCCGCGGCCAGUGGAAGCGUGCUUUCUGCAGCGCUACUCUUGUCGGCUUUGGCGGUAUUGGCGGUAUUGCCGGCUCGCUCGUCUUCCGCACCGAGGAUGCAAAGACCGGAUACAAGCCUGGCAUGUACGCCUGCAUUGCCUGCUGCUUGCUCAAUGUCCUGCUGGUCCUCAUCUGCGACACGGCCUUUUACUUCCAGAACAAGAAGGCCGACCGCGGAGAGAAGAUUCUCGAGGCUCACGAGGACUCCUCUGCUCCCGACUUCAGAUACACGUACUAAUAAGGCAAUCUGUUUGAGACGAACUUUGAUAUGGAUUUAUGAUAGCGCUUUUUGAAUUUGUAUUAAUUACCAACGAUAAUCAGUGUGAUUGAAAUUUAACAAUUCUCUGCUCGCG